AUGCCGCAAGCCUCGCUCAUGACAUGGUUGAAACAGCCGAAAACUGUCAAGGAGCCCCCAUCUGGACCAGCGGACUUGGAAGAAAACGCCAUAGAGACCCGACCUGGACAAUUGCCCACCCCUCCUGAGGAUGGAGAGGCUUCCGUCGCGAGUGACAACAGCCAUAUCUCGAAGGAAACACUUGCCGGAUUACCACUGAAGGGUCUCAAGCCGUUGCCGCCCAAUGUGGAAUUGCGCUCGUGCUCCAAAGAGGACAUUCCUCAUCUCAAAAGAUUAACAAGCCUUCUGCUUCCAAUUCCCUACCCGGAGAAGUUCUACAAGGAGAUCAUCGAGGAUCCAUUGACAAACAACAUCACCCUACUCGCCGUCUGGCAUGACGUUCCAGCAAUGAAAGGCGUGGAGAAAGGCCGGCUUGUGGGAGCGAUCAGGUGCCGAUUGCUCGCGCAUCCGCCGACCCAGAAUAGCAGCUCAGGGAGGCGAACAGAAGACCCAAUGCUGUAUCUCAGUACGCUCGUUCUACUCUCUCCAUAUCGAAGCCACGGCAUUGCGUCCCACUUGCUGCACUCGUUGACCACAAGGGCGGUGGAAGAUUACGGCAUCAAGAGCGUCGGCGCCCACGUCUGGGAAGCAAACACAGAAGGCCUGGACUGGUAUCGGAAGCGCAAGUUUCGCGAGGUCGGCAAAGAGCCCGGCUACUAUCGUCGAUUAGAUCCUCAAGCGGCUAUUGUCAUGCAAAGGGAUGUCAGCGUGAUGGACCUAGUUACAUGA